AGCAGUAACCAGUGUCUGUAUGAGCAAUUGUUUGAACGGUCUCUUCUCCCUGUUUAUGGAAUUUGCAGUGUUCGUUUAACAAAGUGUUUUGGUUUCAUGCUGACUUUCUGCAAAUGGGAUCCCUGAUUAAAGUGCUUCUUUUGUGUUGUGCCACCCUGGAAAUCUAUGGAACAGGGCAAAAUGAUGUAAAGAAAUUGGUGACUACAAAGUAUGGACAGCUACUUGGAAAAACAGUGGGUGUAAAGGGAACAGACAGAUCAGUUCAUGCUUUUAUGGGCGUCCCCUUUGCAAAGCCACCUACUGGACCACUAAGAUAUGCUGAUCCACAGCCCCCGGAGCCAUGGAGCUCUGUCAGGGAAGCCACGGCACCUCCAUCCAUGUGUAUACAAAAUCCAGCAAUAAUGGAAAAGUCUGUGACUGUAUUCAAGGCAAAUUCUGUGCUGCCCCCAGUCUCAGAGGAUUGUCUGUACCUAAAUGUCUUCACUCCAGCAGGCAGAGAGGAGAAUGCCAAGCUACCUGUCAUGGUGUUCAUUCAUGGAGGAGGAUUGGUCAUAGGAUAUGCAUCCCUUUAUGAUGGCUCUGCUUUAAGUGUCUACGAAAAUGUUGUAAUGGUGUCAGUGCAAUACAGACUGGGUCUUCUAGGAUUUUUUAGUACUGGUGAUAAGGAAGUUCCAGGAAAUUUGGGAUUCCUGGAUCAAGUGGCAGCUCUUCAAUGGGUUCAAGAAAACAUUAAGGCGUUCGGAGGUGACCCACAGUCUGUCACAUUAUUUGGGGAAUCUGCAGGUGGACUAAGUGUUUCUGCCCACAUAUUAUCUCCCCUAUCAAAGAAUCUGUUCCACAGAGCCAUAGCUGAGAGCGGGGUUGCAGUAUUUCCUAAUCUGAUGGUCCAUAAAACCGAAGAUGUUCUUUUUGGUCGAGAUCUGAUUGCCAAUAUAUCUGGGUGUGAUUUACCUCUUUUACUAAACUGUCUGAAAGAGAAGACAGAAGAUGAGAUUUUGGCAAUUACUCUAGCCAUGGGAUUCACAAUCUUACCUGCCUGUGUAGAUGGUGUGUUUCUUCCCAAGCCUGCAGAAGAAAUCUUAGCUGCAAAGGAAAGCAAUCCGGUCCCCUUUAUUAUUGGCGUUAAUAACCAUGAGUUUGGCUGGGAGAUUCCUAUGUCCCUCAAUAUCAGUGGAUUCAGAGGUGGAAUGGAGAAGAAAGACAUUGAGGCACUACUACAAUUUUCUAUAUUGCAUCUAGAUUCCAAUGCCAUUUCUUCCAUUAUGGAAGAGUACUUUGGAGACACAAAUGACCAAAUAGAAAUCAGGAACAAUUUUCUGGAACUGGGAGGAGACAUGCUAUUUGUUAUACCUGCCCUCAGGACUGCUAAAUAUCACCGAGAUUCGGGGCUUCCUGUUUACUUCUAUGAAUUUCAGCACCGCCCUUCAUUGUAUGAAAACUCAAAAGAUGACUUUGUUAAAGCCGAUCAUGGUGAUGAACUUUACUUUGUCCUUGGUGGGCCGUUCCUAAAUGGUGAUGUAACAUUCCAAGGUGAUGGAACAGAUGAAGAAAAAGUCCUUAGUAGGAAAAUCAUGAAAUACUGGUCGAACUUUGCUAGAAAUGGGGAUCCUAAUGGGCCUGGUUUGACAGAAUGGCUAAAAUAUGAUGAAGAUGAAGACUAUCUGGAAAUUUGCCUGGAACAGAAGUUGUCUCAAAGACUAAAGGAAGAGAAAUUUAAGUUCUGGACUAUUACCCUCCCUGAAAUAAUGAUGAGGAUAGAAAAGAGAAAAGACCACAUCGAGCUGUGAACUAUUA